CCUAAUUGCUACGUUUCACUUAUUAAAAGAAAGAUUGAAACGUAAGAACGUUUGGAGAAAAACCAAAUCCAAACGGACCGUUCUAAGUCUCGGAGAUUCAUCGCCAAAAGGUCCUUAUUUUGAGUCACCUAUCUCAUUACGUGUCAUAGUAAACCCAUGGAUUCGUCGAUAGCAAAACCUUUUGCAUAAGAAACUAGUUUUAUGGAUUGAUGAUACUUGUGUACCUCUAAUUUUAGGUUUUUGUAUUUUUUUUUACACAGUUUCUGAUGAUGAAUGAAUCUCGCUUUUUAAUUAUUUUUCUUGGCUAGCAACACUAGAUAGUAGAUACAAUGGAAAAUGAAAAUGGAGAUGAUUGGCGGGAGGAGGUUUUCCAAAAGCUUAGAUCCAUGAGAGAGCGUUAUCUACCACAUGUGACUGAUGUUUACCAGAGACUUGCAGACAAGUUGAACCAUGAGGAAUCGCUUCCGCAGCAACAAAGAUCAAAGCACUUUGACAAGUUCCAAAGCAUGAAGACAAACAUAGAGCAAUUGAUCCAAGUCCUAUCUCUUCGAAAGAGAAAUAUCAUGCCGAUAUUAAAGGAUUGUAGAUGGGACUAUUAUGAGAAACGGAUUAUAUAUUUCUUAAUUACGCUAAGAACCGGCUGGGAAGACAGUACAGCAAAGGCAGCUUCAAGAUCAGUCUCAUAAUAAUCAAGGAAAUGCAUUGUAGAUAUUUUGUCUCUCUCUCUUUUUAUGUUGGUCUUCUCUCUUCUGAUGUGUUUUGAACUCUCAUCCUCAAUGUUGUUGACUCCGGUGCUCUGUUUCUACCAGGCUCCUCCUAUCAAGUUAUGAUCGAAAAAUGAAUAAAGACCCUUUUUUUUUUUGUAAA